GAGAAUCGUCGUUUCCACGAUGUUGACCGAGUUUUGCCGAAACGUGCCGCCGCCAGUGGAGCCGUUCACCCUUCGCACAGGCUUCUCCCAUCUCAGCUUCACACCCGCUCUUUGUCCAUGACCGGCUGACCGACGACGCGUUUCCCCUUUAAGAAGAUGUCGGGCGAUAUUAUGGCUAAUUUGCUCAUUUUGUGUGAUGGAGGCAGACAGAAACCCAAACCGCGCAACAACGUUAAAAGGCAGCGACGGUAGGAGAUGAGUGUAACAACCCCGGCGGGCAUCAUCUCGUUUCCAGUGACGGUUGUUAGCUGUGCUCGGGACUGAGAGGAGUCCGGUGUCCUUGCUUGUGUCAAAGACAGUGUCUGCGUUUACCAGAGGCUUCAACCUUUUUCCUCUCGAGACGGAAAUGUCUUGUCAUGAAGCGGACAAAGCAGACUGGCAUCGAAGCGUAGGAGAGACACGGUGACUGCGGUGAAAACUAUCCUCUCUCCCCCAUUCCCCCUUUCACCUCGCAAUGUUUUGGAUGCUUGGAAGAGACAACAGGAAAUUUGCACAUAUCUGAAAGCCUUUUAGAGGGGUAAGUAACAGUAUCCGGACUAUCUUGAGUCAUGGCUGUCGUUGUAAUAGCAGCUGGGUGUUUGACCAGUCUGCCGGGGCAGGUGGGAGUGUUGUCAGUCCCUGGCCCUGGCUGCGUUUCCCCAUAACAUUCUUCAAUUUAUUCCCCUCACACUGCUGUUGUUGUUUUAUUUGGUGAAUUUGCAUGUUCACAGAGGCUAGUCAAACCCCAGAGUGCUACAUUCCCUCCACGUCCCUCACCCUUUUGGUGUAGAAGCUCUUAUGUAACCCUGUGGGAUUCCUCUUUCUGUGAGACUUCCCGGCCCUGUGUCAGGAAAACACAACGACGCCGACUGCCCUGAGAGAGAGCACCAUGUGCACCGACAGAGGAGGCUGGUGAGGAAAGCACAAGCUGUUCACAUUCCAGCCCUUCAACUGGGAACACACAGAGAGCAGCCUGUAAUACAGAGGAGGGGGAGAGAAAAGACCACCACCAUCCUUUUUACUUUUUCAUACCAGGUUUUCUCAGGAUGACAUAAUAACCACAAUGGGGAAUUCAGUGUCUAACAACAAAGAAAUCAACAACAGUUUAGUGUGGUUUUUACUGUGGGAUGAUAAAAGCCAGUAGAGGGGAGAGUGGGGUAAGUUAAGCCACCCCUUGUUGCUUGGCAAUGGUAAAAGAAAUUGAUCAUGUGACCAAAUAUUUAGGAGAUGGGCAUCAAUUUAUGUACUCUGUGAAGGUUAGAAGCACAUCGGUGAAGGGGUAAGACGUUUAUUUACAAAAAAAGAGUUUAGUCUGUCAUAAGUUUGAUCAGAAUUGUGUUCAGACCAAAAAAGAUAAUUUUAAAUUAGUUUUACACAUGAAUUUUGGUAUCUAUGAGCUACAACAUGAGGUCAAAAACAACAUAAAAGUCCACCAUUUUUGCUUAGAGAACUAAUAAAGUCAUAAUAAUAUUUUUGGGGUAAGUUGAACUGAGAAAGUCUGAUGAGACGAUCAGAGUUUCAGUUCAGAUUGUGGAAAUGUGUUACUUUUUCUUCUCAAAAAUACAGCUGUGAAUGUUCUGAAUCUCUUAAGUCACAGGUGUCAAACUCUACCACAGCCAGGGCCAUAAUCUGGAUUACGGUUUUACCUGAGGGCCAAACAGGGUCAACAUUUCACCAAAACUGUCAACCCUACUUCUCAAAAAGUAUGUAACAAAAACAUUUUAAUUUUUUAUUCUAUUUUUAUUUAUUAGUUCAAAAGAUCAGAGCAUGAUAUUAAAAAUAGAAAAAUUAUGCUUUUUAAGAGCAAAUACAUGAGAAAUAAAAAAAUCCAGUCAUGUUUGACUUGUAAUCUUAAAAUGCAAAAUUGAAAACAUGAAAUAAAACACCAAAUAUUUUUCUCCCACAUUCUUGACUAUUUAUCAAAUCUUCCUUACUCUUGAAUUUCCCAGAUUUCCACGGUUUAUUAAGGACAUUUUAAAUAAUGGUGCUAAGGUUUACAUUAUUAUACUGGAGGAAAUCUGCAUACUUCAUACUGGUGGGCCAAUAAUAAUAGAAAUAUGACAUGAACUUGUGGGCCAGAUAUAAUUUUUCCACGGGCCAGAUUUGGCCCCCGGGCCUUAAGUUUGACAACCUGUGGCUUAAAGACAUUCUCAUGUUAAAAUGACUUUUUAAAAAACAGCUUUUUAGCAGUUAUAUGCAAUAAUGAUUAAAAGAAUUAUUUUACCAGUUGAAUAGUGAAUGUGAAGAAGUGAAAUUCCCCAUACAAGGGGUAAGUUGACCAUAGGAGACCACUUAUAUUAUCAAGACAGUUAUGUUUGCACUCAUUCUGUUGGUUUCCAGAUAAACUAGUUAGAGACAAAACUAUGAUUGUCUUGAUGUAGUGAUCCGAUAUAUGAAAAAUGGCUCAUCUUACCCCACUCUCACGACCAUCCUUUUACUUUUUCAUACCAGGUUUUCUCAGGAUGACAUAACAGGAGUCACCCGAAACCACAAUGGGUAAUUCAGUGUCUAACAACAAAGAGUAUGACAAAGCCUUCAAAGAAAUCAACAACACUUAUGUCUGGUUUUCACCGUGGGAUAAUAAAAGCCAGUGUAUUCCGGUUUAUCCACAACAAACUUGCUCAGUUUACUGCAAACAUCGCAAAGUAAAGCAGCGAAGUGUCACGUUUUAAGGUGCAAAAGCAGGUGAUGUUUGCUGUUUGUUUAGAAAGAAAAGAGCCUGAAGAGGUGCAGGUAAUUUUCUGUGAAGCAGGCCCUCUGGGAUCUGCCCUUCUUCAUCUCCACACUCCAGAAGAAAGAUUUCUCUCUUGUCUUUGAAAUCAGUGAAAUAAUCGUAUUUGUGCCCUCCUACUGUUGAAUAUUUGGAUCAGUACAAUAUAACUGAGAGCUCCUCAGGUCAGUUCCCACUAUUCAAAUGAGAUGCAACAUGUGGCUCAGCCUGAAAUAACCAAAUAACCGUUGUAGAAAGAGAACACACAUGAGCAACGCAGCAUGCUGUGAGCUUGUGCGCACAGUAUCGGGACUCCUGAGUGGAAUUAAACAAUCAUUCAUUUGAUGUUUAACAUGUUUAACUUUACUGUUCUUACUUCUUUUAAUGUCUGAGGUGAAUCAAGGCUUCUUACAGCACAUUUACAGGACUUUUAAUCGAUCAUGUUACAACAAAUUUCUCUGUAGUGACUAUGCUGACCUGAAUUUUAGUCACUUUAGUUUUUGAUUAAAUGAAAAACAAACAAAAAAAGAAAGAUACGUCCAAAUUACGACGAUGGUGAAGUAUGUGACGAGGGUGAGAGUGGUGUCGGAGAUUCGCGGUAAUACUCGUGUUCUCUUCUCCUUCUCCCAGAUCACUGCUUCACCUGUGUCCCUUUUCUAGCAUUUACCUGCCCACUCACCUGAAGAGCCCCUCGUGGUGAUUGUGUGAGUAACGAAACAUUCUCUUUUGUUUUUCCACAGAGCUCUCCAGCUCCUCUUCCCUCUGGCUCGGGACCAACCAUCACCAGAACCCCAACAACACCACCCUCGCCUUUCAUGAUGACAUCCCCAGACUCACCCCCACUAGUUUCCCCUUCCCCCUGCCCUGCUCCACCUCCGUCCCUUCCCUCCUCCCCGGUGCCUUCCUCCCCAGCACCCUCCUCGUCCUCCCUGCCCGCCCCGCCCUCACUGCCGCCCACGGGGGAAGUAAUGGUACUGGCUCUGGGCAGGAAGAAGCAGAGGGUGCUGAUUGCUCUUUCGAUUCUCCCCAACCUCUUUCUGGCCUUCCUGCUUUCCUCAGACCCCCUCAUCACCCUCUCUCCACCCCAUCAUUGUCACCUACCGGGGCCCUUGCCGUCGCCUGAGGUCCUGAAUGCCUCGCUUCCUUGGGAAAAGGGGGUGAGGCCUGGGGACAGCGGGGGCUUGUCUCAGUGUAAGCAGUAUGUCAACGGCAGCCAGUCACCUGUGGUCGACUGCCAGGACGGCUGGGACUUCAACGUUACAGAAGGGCUGAGAAACAACAUUGUGACUGAGGUAAAGCUCCUGAUUGUUUUAGUUCAUGUGUGAAUUUAGCAUCUUAAUAUGCUGAAAAGAGUGUUUCUCCUUUAUGCUGUGCAAGGGUCUUGCUGAGCAUGCAGCCCUCAUCUUGCAACGGGCUGCGAAACCUAAAUAUAGCACAUACCUGCAGCUUUGAGUUGGACAGGAACUCUUCUGGUUACGACUAAAGGGCUGUAACUUUCUCAGACUGAGGGUUGUUCUGGUCCUGGAGAGAUAGAAAUGUUGUGGAAACUUCUCUUUGUUGGCGUGUAGUGGACAACUCCAACGUAAGAGAUUUGGGAGAUGCCUGAUGCAAUUUUUGAUACACAAAUCUCGUUUUGUGAGAAUAGUUGUUGUUUGAUUCACAACACAGUCAAUCAAUCAAUUAGUCUUUAUAUUUAUAGCACUUUUCAUACACAACCAUGUAGCACAAAGAAUACCCAAAUCUACCCCAACCCAACCCCUCAUUCCCAACCCAUGAUCUAAAUGCAACAGAAACAGGAUUAAGAUGCAAAAACUUAAAAAGGGCUUGAUUUCGUGGAAACAGGAAUGUGCGCACUGAGGAAACGUCAUUUUAAAACUCAACAUAAGGAAACAAUGAAGGUUUAAAAUCUAAAAACAAAGAAACAUAGAAUGAAAUUUAAGAAAUGAUAAAUAAAAUGAAAUAAAAACAACAGUAAAAGAUACUAAAAUAAGAGCAACAAAACAGCUCAAUAAAAAAAGAUUCUGUCAUUAAAACUAGAAUACAUAAAUGCUAAAACACUUGAAGUUAAUGAUAUAAAAUUUAGAUAAAAGCAAGACUAAAAGGGUGCAUUUCCAGUUUGGUUUUAAAGUCAUUAAGAUUAGGUGGAGUCCUCAGGUCUUCAGGUAAGCUGUCAAACUCAAAUUAAUCGACCGGGUUUCCUCUUUGAAAAAGACUCUUCAUUGUUGUUGGCUCGGCUUCCCUGCCUCUGAACCCGGGUUAGAUAACACCCAGUAACCUAUUCAUACUCAUGAGUUUUACCUGCAUCACUGUCAGACUGAUUGAGCAAUGACAGACAUUCCACAGAUUACUGAGACAUAUCAUACAUUUCAAAGGUUAAAGUUCCCUCAAAUACCUCACUGAGGAAAGAAAAUCCCUGUUUACAGCUUAGAUCCUUUCGACCCCUUUAGUUAAAACCGAGGUGAGAACCUAAAAUCACAUAUAUAAGUCGUCGUUAGUGAGUUCAACAAGCCUCUACAAAACCUGGAGUUCGAGCACUUUGGUGGCGCCCUGAGGGUGUGAACCUCCUGCCACUACCUUUGCCUUAUUUUUUUGCUUGUACUUAAUACAUACAUAAUAAAAAAUACAAACAGCAUUUAUUUCAAACAAGAAGACAGGGUUAUAAAUCCUAAAAUGAUUCAUUAAUAUGUUUCUCUAAAUGCUGCUGCAGGUCGGCUGAAAAGUUUAAAAAUCCUUCGUUUCAGAGCUGAAACUCAAACAUUAAAUCAGCUGACUGCUCACUCACUGUUUUCCACUCCGUCUGGGUGCUCAGGCCUGCAUGUGUGUUGUCAUUUUUCUGAGUGCUGACGUGGGAGCCACACCCUGCCCUCCAGUCCAGUGGUACUGGGGCAGCUUUGCUGGUUAUCCACCCACACCACUGCAGCAAGACGAAGACACACACACGCUGUGCCAAGGGAGUCAUUUAGUGGGAUUAUUCUAAUCCACAUAUUAUAAUUAUCAUGACUUCACUGACUUUAUUUAUGAUUUACACGCCGAGAAUGACCUGCAGAGGCGCACAGAUGCACAGAUUUUUGCUGGUGGGUUGGAUGUAACUCUCUGAGUUUUCUGUCAUUUUGAUUUUUAUUUCCUCCAGUUCUGCUGGGCUGGCAGUCUGCUGAGCAGGAAGCACAGGGCCUCUGAUCAGCUUUGCCUCUACCGCUAAUCAAUAAACACUGUGUCCUUUCAGCAGAGGCUAACUCCACGCUACACGCCUGUACUGUGAAUCUGUCACAGACCUUUUCCUGUGUCUUGUAUAGCAGUGUGAUUAAAAGCAGACUUUUCCCGUACGGUCGCAUUUGAUGGGUGUAUUUCCCCCAGGACAUUAAAGGAGGAGUAAGAAAUCUGAACAGGUUUCUGAAUGUCCAUACAGAAUGAUUCUUUUGUCCCCUAGCCUCAUUCCUAAAACCAGUCAGAGCAGUUUACAGUCUGGUUUGUUUGCAUUUCUCCUCCCUCUGUUGUCCAAAACACUCCACCUGUAUGAACACCGUGGGUUGCACUGCUGCCCUUUACUUUACCCAUCCUCUGCACCUCAGCAGUACAAACAGCUGAUAUUAUGAGACAAGCUUUUUAUGUUUCUGUGCAUGAGCUCCAAUUAUGCGAGGCCUCUUUUUUCAUUAUUUUAUCACCAGACCUCUGCUUCGCCCCAAAUCAUUAAAAUCAUUUUGCUCCCAGUAGCUGGCAGACAGCAACAUUAGCAGAGCGCAGCUGUUAAUGCAAAUGGCCGGGGCUGGCUAAAUGUGAUUAAACUCAGAUCUGAGAGUGGAUAUGUGUUCCUUUGAAAAAUGUGUCCUGACUCAGAUGCACUGCUGAUUGCAACCAAACUGCAUUUUCCAAAUAGUUAGUAAAUAACUGAACAAGAGAUACAAAGGAUUUGUAUUUUUUUUAUGAACUACAGUUCUGCCGCAGUCACCCGUAAAAAAUAAAGCUUCAUCAUCCUCAGGUUUUAUAAUGGAUCUCUGUGUACUGCAGCAUACAGGCCUGACUACAACAGGGACACAAAAUAAUUAAUCAGUGAGGGAAGGAAGCAGAAGUGUUUUUACACCUACACAGAAAUAGAAACUACAUUUGGUGGAUCCUUCUUAUAUAUUUUUUAAUUUGUAUAUAUUGUAUUUAAAAGUUGACUUUUUUCAAAUCAAAGUGACUGACUAACUAAUCCUAAUUAUGAGGGAUCGGCAUGAUAAACAAAAAGUACGAUUGUGUAAUCACUAUUUGAUGACUAAUCACAUAGUUGCCCUCUUUCUGCUGGGUGUCUCCCUCUCUGUUCGUAGCAGUUGUUGUAGACUUGUGUGAUAAUCUAGCCUGGUGAGUUUGCACUUGACCCCUCCUCAUGGAACAUCUUGAAGGGUCACAAUCUCAUAAAAACACAUGUUCACCUGUGCCUGACAUAAGUGCUUUCUUCUUAUUUUGUAGUUGUUAGUUAGCAAAUAGCUUUCGGAUUGGCCUCCAGUUUUUGGUAAAUAUUCUAUUUCGAAGAUGAGAUUUUAGUUUUAUGGACUUGUCGAUAUUCCUGAUAAAUAAAAGAUCUAGGUGUUAGAAAAUCAUGACUCAUUCCUGUUAAUAAUGCAGCUUGGCUCUGGUUUUUCAAAAACACACAAAGACAAAUCUCAAAGAAGGUAGAUAAGUGUUGUUGAAAGGUGAUGGUGAUGUCUGAUAACAACUGGCUGAUGUCUCUUCCUCCCUCCUGUGACUGUCUAGUGGGAUCUGGUGUGUGCUCAGUACUGGCUGGUCCCGGUGGAGGAGGUGUGUUUCAUCCUGGGUGUCCUGACUGGCUGCCUCGGUCUAGGUUACACUGCUGACAGGUAAUCAUGCUCACACAUGUUGUCAUACACAAACACAAACACACACUCGUGUCUCUACAGUCUACAUCUCUGUUAUUGUUGCAGGCUGGGCCGGUCCAAGUCUCUGCUGGCUUCCCUGACCCUGUCAGUGGUGUUUGGGGUGCUGGUGUGUGUCUCUCCGUACCCCUCCAUCUUCAUCGUUAUGCGCUUCUGUUUGGCAGCAGCUAGCGCAGGAGUUUAUCUCACUCUAUACAUCACUCGUGAGUUUCAAAACUUAAAGGGAUAUUCUGACAUAAAAUUAAUUUAGGGUCAAACACACGUAACACCGAGUUAGACACCCCCUCGAGAGAUGAAUGUUACCAACCACUUGCUUCUCUAGUUGUACCAACUUUAGUAAUGACCACACAUUAGCAAUACACAGCGGUCUACAUCUCCAUGCGCACACCUUAACCAAAACGCCACAAAUAAUGCUCAGAACAGCACCUAACUUCAACAACUGUACAUAUAGGGUCCCAGCCACAGCACUAGCCACCAAACAUCUUUUUAGCUUUGCCUGAUUUCUUCAGCAAAGAGACUAAACACAACUCACCUACUCUCUUCCAGCAGCCGCUUGAUUGUAGCGAGACCUCAGGCCAGUCCAUUACGGACUGCUGUUGGGUUACGCAGCUCAAGGAAGCUGUUCUGAGCAUUAUUUGUGGCUAUACAGUGGCGUUUUGGUUGAGGUUUGUUUAUGGCUCCUCAGACCGUUGUGUUUUGCCAUCGUGCGGUCGUUUCUAAAGUUGGUAUAACUAGAGAAACAAGCGGUCGGCAACAUUCAUCUCUUGAGGGGGUGUCAUGGACUUGAAUCUGAUUGUUUAAUUGAAGAGGAUUUUGAUUUGAACUCCAUAUUAACUUAUGUUCACCAUCCAAAGUUUGUGUUGUUGUUUGACCAUCAGGUCUGGAGCUAUGUGAACCAUCUUUAAGGCUGGUGGGCACAAUGCUAGCCGGGCUGAUGACUGUUGCCGGAGAGCUGCUGCUGCUGGCUGUCGCCCUGGGCUGCCAGUCCUGGAGGGGACUUCUGGGGGCUGGUGCUGCCCCACUUACACUAUUUCUUAGUUAUGGGUACGAGUAGAACAUCUAUCAUUGCAUGUUUAUACGUUUUAGUCUUUUAUUUAAACCUUAUUUAACCAGAAAAAACCUCAUUGAGUUUAAAAAUCUUAUUUGCAAGAGUGUCCUGGCCAAGACAGGCAGCAGUACAUUUACAAAGUUACAGACAUAAACAAUUACAGACAUACACAGACAAAACAACCAGCUAAGUCGAAGUCGCAGUAUUAAAAUAAUACUUAAAGUUCCUAGUAUGCCGAUCCUCUUUUUAUGACUUUUAAUAUGUCGAGAGUGAGAGAAUAAUGGACCUUCAUGGUCUUCUCCUCAAGUGUCUUGAUGCCACCUGACAUGCUGAAAGCUUUGUCGGAUCAUAUUGAUCUUAAUUCCCAUGCCGCAUUGAGCUUUUCAGCUCGUGUCAGAUUGCAUUAGAGCUACUUUGUUAAAGGCUGCUCGCCCAUCUAAGACCUCUCUUACCAGAUUAGCCACUUUAGUAGUUUUAAAACCAAAUUAACUGAGAUCUAAAUAUCAUUACUGGCGUUGGAUUGCAGGUUUUUAAUAAGAGGAGAAGAUUAAACUGGAUUAAGGAGUAAACAGCUCUCCUACUUUGGGCUGUUUUCCAUGCUGACUGGCUUAAUCCCCGAGUGGUCAUGUUUGUGUUGGAUAAAGGUCAACAAAGAUUAAAGAGUGGACCUGAUUUGUGCUUAAUGUUUUCUCCCCCUGCAGCAUUCCUGGAGUAUUCCCCGAGUCUCCUCGCUGGCUCCUUUUGUCCGAGAGAACCGCAGACCUGAACUCUUUUAGGGACAGAAGAAACUCCAACAGAGACGUGAGAGACGACGAAAGCUUCACAGGUGUGUGGUGAGCGUAGGUCUGGAGUCGGACUCUUUCCUCUGAGAUAAGAAUUAUUUUAUGAUACCUGCAUUAUUUAUGGAUUAUUUAUAGCAAUGCAUUCCACAACAUACAGUAUGUACUCUAUCACACACCACUAAGAGCAGGUAAUGGUGCUCAUUUAUAAGUCAUGACCAUUAAAUACACAAUCCCUGCAUGAAUGUGGACUCGCACUCUUUCUUGCACUUCAAAUUUGUGAUCAGGGUCUCUAAAACAGUUAAUAAGCAAAUAUACAGAUUUGUUUCCACUCUGCCUCAACUUAACCGAGAGAAAGUGUAGUUUCCAUGGACGCCACCACGCUACAUGAGGAGACAAACUGCUAAUGCUGCGUUCGAGUUACCACGAAGGAUGUCGGAGCUGAAAAUGACGUCACACCCAAGCUCAAUAGGAGGCAGAAACAAGAUGGCUAUGUCUACGAAAGUUAUUUUAGCACUUGCCUUGUCCUUGUUAUAUUCCGACAAGGCAAGCGCUAAAAUAAAUUUCGUAGAUGUAGCCAUCUUGUUUCUGCCUCCUAUUUAGCUUGGGUGUGACAUCAUUUUCAGCUCCGACAUCUUUCGUGGUAACUCAAAUGCAGCUUAAGCUACUGAAAAAGCACUUGAUUCAGAAAAUAGUAACGCUGCCGACAAGCUACCAAGAAAUGAAAACUACCAACAUCAAAGUUUGGAUCAUUUAAAUCACUUUGAAAGCACAUGGUCUCAGAUGAAACACUGACUGAAAGAGUAAAAUAUCUGUCCAAAUAUUGUUUAAAUGAUCUAAAAAGAGUUUUGUUUGUUUUUGUUCCCUCAUUAUAGAGCUGGACUCCGACCCGGCCCCCUCCUCACGCCCUCACUUGUCCUUCCCCGAGCUCUUCCACUCCAAGAACAUCUGGAAGAACAUAUGUGUGCUGGGUUUCACCUCGUAAGCCGUCCCUCACUGCUGACGUCGGCUGCGCAGUGCUUUGUUUCGUUUGUCGUUUCAGUUCUUCCACUUUGAAUCACUCGACCCUGUUCAGAGCCGUAACUCUGUCCUCUACGUGUCUCUGCGUUUCCUCCAUCAGCUUCAUCUCUCACGGCAUCAGCCACUGCUACAGCUCUUUCCGAGGCGACGUCAGAGGCACAGCCCCGAGCUUCUAUUGGACGUACCUGCUGUCUGUGUGCGCAGGGGGCGGUGCUUGGCUGUUGCUCUGGGUGACUGUCGACAGGUGUGGUCGCCGUGGUAUCCUUCUCCUUUCCAUGACGAUGACGGGACUGGCUUCUUUGAUCCUUCUGGGACUCAUGGAGUGUAAGUCGGCCUUUGUUGGCAUCAAAGAAAGAGAGCAGAGUCUACCUCCACCUCCGCUGAAAUCACCCCCCACCAUCAUUCAAGCUUCUACACAGAUUUAAGAGCUUGAUAGAAGCUCAAUGGAAGUGUUAUAUUACCACAUCAUACAUGUGCCACUUGUUUAAAGUUGAUAAAACUUCACAGUAGGUUAUUGCUUCAUGAAAAGCACACUGGUCAGCUUCUUAUUAGGAAAUUACACGCCAUGUGUCUCGCCUUUGUCUCCUCUCAGCAUGCUUCACAAACACACUUUCCUCGGUCUCAGUCUCCCCCUUGUGGUAGGAGAGGAGCUGGUCAUUUGUUUUAUGUAGGGCACUGCAGUGGCAGCAAAGUCAACGCUGUGUCGGAUGCUGUGCAAUCAUGCAUCAGAGGCAGAGGGGAAAAGGAGCAGAGAGACCUCCUCUGAGACCCCCCUGUGUUUUUCUGUUCAUGGAUGAAGUCUGACAGGGUUUUAGGGGAAAUAUGAGUAAGGGUAGUUCAAGUGUUUCUUAAAAGUACUCCAUAUUUACUCAUGCUUGUCCCUCCUUCGCCCUCAGAUCUCAGUGAGACAGCCAUCACAGUUUUUUCUGUGCUGGGUCUCUUCUCCUCUCAGGCCACCGCCUCCCUCUGCAUCCUCUUCACUGGAGAGAUCAUGCCCACCAUUAUCAGGUAACACAAAAACACCACAUGCAGACUAGUUUAAAAAAGUUAUAAUUAAAACAAAAAAACCUCUGUAUGAAGUUUGUGUUCAGUUUGGUGUUUGAUCUCUGUUGCUGGGCUGAGUCACAAAUGAAAUCCUGGCAUAUUUUGGGUCCACUUGAUGUUGUCUGUGUCCACAGGGGGACUGGUGUGGGUAUAGUGCUCGCCCUGGGUUGUGUGGGCCGCCUCAGCUCUCCGCUCAUGGACCUGAGGAACCAUUACGGUUACUUCCUGCAUCACGUGGUGUACUCCUCUCUGGCAUUGCUGGCUGUGCUGUCCAUCCUGCUGCUGCCGGAGAGCAAGAGGAAGCCGCUGCCUCAGACGCUGGCUGACGGGGAACAGUACAGACGCCCCCCGCUGGGCAGAAGGAGAAGGGACAAUGUGCCACUUCUGGCCACACCUAACCCAGAGACGUAAAAGACUCCCCAGAGGGGGUGGGAUGGACUGUGCUCUCAUUGCUUAUUUACUCGGCAUUAAAUUAACACCUACCAUGUUCUUGGAGGGGAAGAGAAACAAUACAGAGCAAUAUAGAGACUUACAGAGGGGAUGGAGUGGAGCAUUGAUGAUGAUGGGAACGAUCCUGCUUAUAUACUAACUUCCUUACAUAUCAUCUUCUUGUCAUUCCAAGCGCAGGCGGUUGGGUUGAGCUUUCAUUUUCUUUCAGCACUUCAUUUCCUUCUGUUCGGACGUCGAGGGAAAUCUUCCCCGUCCACGCAUCCUCCUUAUUAUCACGCAGCGGGCAGUCGUCCACCACGUGACACACCAGCAUCCACUGCUGCACACGGCCCUCCUGUGUGAGACUCUCCUGAAACUAAACGCUGUAGUGUGUAACAUCUCAACCGUUUGGCUCUCCAUACAGGAAUGGACCACAUUUCUGUCGCAAGACUCCAAGCGUUGAAAGCCUUGUACAUACUCUAGAUGUAGUUUCUUUAACUUCUAGGGGCAUUUGAGCUUAGCUGACGCAGAAACUGGACGGUACGGUACACUAUGCAGUGGAGAAGUGGUGCAGAGCACUUUGAGUACUUCUUAUUAAAGAUGAUGUUUUAAAAGGGAGUUUUGUUACUGUAUUAUCGACUAUUAUUAACACUAAGAUCAGAGGCUCAAACUUAAACACGUUUUAAGAGGCUGUAAACAGAGAGGUGAUCCACCUAGUUGCUGAAUCUGGCCUGGAGCCGGUCCUAUUUAUGUUUUUAUUUAUGUUACGAUUAAAACACACACUCUUAAUCAUCUAGAGGCUUCGCAUUUUUAAGUAUUACACUAAAUAUUGUUAAAUUAAUGAUAAAGAUUAUGCGGCAUGGAACUAACUUCCCAAUUUCUGAUGUCUCUGAUCGAAUAACAGUGAAGCUGUUGACUGACACUACAUUCCUGUCUGCAUGUUUGGAAGCACUGAAGGGCUUAUUUUCUGUGUAUUUCCUCAAAAGCUUAUAGUUAAUCAAUACCUCUCUAGAUGACCAGUCUCAGCUGUGAGAAUAGACGGCUAUGAGCAGACCGCAGUAGAAGUUUUAGGACGAGGCACAUAUAUUUUUUCGUCAGGUAUUAAAUGUGCAGGUUUUGAAAGAGGUCGUCUGUUAUUUUGCCUAAAUCUGUAUUGAUGCUGUUAAAAAAAAAAAAAAAAAAAAAGGGCCCAAUGAUGACGCUGCUCCAUGAGGUCCGAGCGGGAGCUGAAGAGGGCCCCCCAGAGCUCCAAAUUAAGGCCUGAUCCCUCAACCACGCACAGAGGAUCUAUUUUUUCUUUCCAGCUUCCUCAUCUUGAAUGUGUUUGCUGACGCUGCGUUGCAUACGGCGUCGGUUAAAUCACGGCGGAGAAUUACCAAAGCAUGUUGGUUUUAAUACUUCAGAUGAAUCCCGGUUUAUGUCAGUGUGCUCGGGUAAUUCUUUUUCUCCAACGUUCAUGGGUGCGUGAUACUAAGUUGAAGAGGGAUAGUUUCUUUUUUUUCUUUUGUAUUUGGACUCUGAGGUGGGGAGUUUUAAAGAAAAGCUGGACACUUUAUUUUUUUGUUGCUGGAGGAAUCCUCCGCCCUCGACCUGUAGGAGGUUUUCUUUUCUUCUGUAUUUGCACUUACACUGAUGAUCAUUAUCACUAUGAUUAAGCUGACUCCUGUAUUAUUAUCUCUUACAACACUGAUGAUCUGUUAAGUGUUGAGUGUAAUGCAGUUAACUAUAUAGCCUGAUUUAAUGUAAAAUAAAACCAGUAAAAAAAUCUA